GCAUAAUAUCAUUUGAAAUUAAUAUGGAUCUGAAAAACCAAAUUCCCGAAGAACUUAAGCAAGAGUUCACAAAAAUUGGUGAACAAAUAGACAAGCUGAACGAAGAAUCAGAAGACUUUGGUAUAAUUUCAAAAACCCUAAACGGUCCAUUGGAGACUAGCUUAGAGCCUACAACAAAUACAAUGAAGCAGCAAGAAGAAGUCAUGGCUAAAUUAUCUCAAGAGAAUACAGAAAAAGAUGGAGCUGUAAGAGACAAGACGAGACUGCUUUUUGAACAAGAUCUUGCUAUUGAAGAUCAUACUAGAGAACUUGAAAAACAAGACAAAGAUCAUAAAGACUCUGUGCAGCAUAAAGAAGAGCUAUACUCUAAGUAUCACAAUAACCAGGAAAGAGCCCUUAAAGACCUCAAGGUACAAUACGAAGGUAUUGAGCAAUUUAUUCAAGAAUUCACAAGACUCAAUAAAGAUACAGUGAAUCUUGAGGAGCUUGCUAAACAACUCGGACUUGACAAGACAGAAGAACUUCUUGAGCAAAAAUCAAAAGCUCCUUAUGAUGAGCUCAAACUUCGGGAAAAUAAAAGAGAGAUUGAGGAGCUGAGACACCUUAUCACCCAAGCUUCAAAGGAUGAAGAUGAUAUCAAGACCAGACUCAUUCAUGCUAAAGGCAAAGAGAAUGAUUUGCAAUCCAAAUUUGAGAUUUACUCAAACUAUAAAAUCCUCAACACUGAAAUUAGAAGUGAUGUGGACUCAAGACAAGAGGAGAUCAGAAGACAAGAAAAAGAAGAUCAAGCAUUAAGACAGCAGAAUGAAGAGCUUGAAAGAUUACUAAAAGAGAAGCAGGAGGAAUCACAAGGACUUGAGCAAAGCAUUAAGCUUAUUGAACAACUUGUUGAUGCUCAUAGUGAAUAGAGAAUU